CUGGAAAUUGAGAGAUCUUCUUCUUGCUCUUCAUCUCGCUCGCUUUCCAAAAUUUCUGCUUCGAUCUCCGAAAAUUGAACUUUCCUGCGAAUUCAAUGGGAAGCGGUAGAGAUAGAGAAGACCCUUUGUCAUUUACAAGCAACCCGUCAUCGGCGUCGUCUCCGAUCACCGUCUCCGACCACCUGGACAGCUUUCUUGGCGAACCCACCUCUCGCUCCGGGAGCUUCCAAAACGAGAGCUUACUCGGCGGCGGUGGAGAGAGCAUCAGCGACUCCGAUUUCGGAUUCUCCCGUCCCGAUUUCCGGUCGAGCCAACUCGCCGGGACCGUCCAGUUCUACGAGAGGCAUGUCUUCUUAUGCUACAAGAAGCCCUCCGUUUGGCCCGCGAGAAUCGAAGCGGCGGAGUUCGAUCGAUUACCUAGGCUACUCUCGGCCACCGUGUCGGCGAGGAAGGGUAAAAUGAAGAAGGAGACCCGACUCACAGUAUGUGAGGGGCAUGAUGGGACAGAGACAUCAAAUGGGGAUGUACUGAUUUUCCCUGAUAUGAUCAGAUACAGAAGGCUGACUCAUUUUGAUGUGGACACAUUUGUUGAAGCUGUGCUUGUGAACGAUAGUGAAUGGUUUCCGGGAAAUCCAGAAUUCUUAGAAGGCUCAUAUGUUUUUGUUUGUUGUCAUGGAUCGCGGGACAAGCGAUGUGGGCUUUGUGGGCCCGCUCUGGUUAGCAGGUUCAGAGAAGAAAUAGAAUUACAUGGUUUUCAAUAUAAAGUAACUGUCAGCCCGUGUUCUCACAUUGGCGGGCACAAGUACGCCGGAAAUGUUAUCAUCUAUUCGAACAUCAAUGGAAAAGUUUCAGGGCACUGGUAUGGAUAUGUGACUCCAGAUGAUGUACCUGUUCUGUUGGAGCAGCAUAUCAGAAAGGGCAAAAUUGUAGACCGGUUAUGGAGGGGUGAAAUGGGUCUAUUGGAAGAAGAGCAGAAGAAAACUCAAGAAGAAAGGAUUAAGUUAAACAAUGCAGCAGUCAAUACAGACAAGAGGAAUGGGAAUGUGUCUCAAGAACCAAUUCAGAGUGGCAACGUUGUCUGUUGCCAGUCCAGAGAGGCAGAAAUUAACGGCUGUUGCCAACAGAAUGGGAACUCUUCCUGUCAGGACAGGACACUGUUGUCAUAUCUGGACAAACCCAGUCAAAAUGGGAGCGAGAAUGCCGGGAAGCUUAUUACUCUCGAAAAAGAGACAGAAAAAGAGAACUUUCAGGUGAAUAACGAGGAAGGAUCUUCUACUUGCAAGGCUUUUGAAAUGCCGACGUGGUUAGAGAACUGGGAGAGAGAAGAUACAUACGCUGCUAUUGCUGUUCUAUGCGCUGCUGCAUCAGUGGCUCUUGCCUAUAGCUGCUACAAGCAUUUGUGACGAGAUUUGUUCGAUUAUAUCUUCCUCUGUGUCUGUGUUGUUGCUGGAAAUGGAAGUGAUUUGUUCGGCCAAGAGUUGUGUCCCCAAGAGUUAAGGGGGUUUGUGUAAGAAUGGUUAUAUAAUAUAUUCUUUCGAUUCUC